AUGCCUCUUCCCAAGAUCGCAAUCAUUGGAGCGGGACCUAGCGGCCUAACGCUUGCCCGAAUUCUCCAGAUCAACAACAUCCCUUGCACCGUCUUUGAAAGAGAAGCAUCUGCGCACCUCCGUGAGCAGGGCGGAUCACUAGACCUUCACGCAGAGUCUGGAAUCCUCGCCCUUCAUGAGGCCAAUCUCUACAAGGAGUAUCAGUCUCACGUCCGAAACGAAAGCCAGGAUUUCGUCCUGGCAGACCGUUUUGGAAAGACGUACUUUUCCCAUAAGGACACCGACACGGGUAGGCCCGAGAUCGAUAGGAAGGCCCUAAGACAGAUUUUACUAGACUCCCUACCCGCGGAGUCGAUUCGAUGGGGACACAAACUCGAGCGCGUCGAAGAGGGAGGAGCGCUUCAUUUUACGCAUGGAAGCGAGAGCGGAUUCGAUCUCAUCGUGGGGGCUGAUGGAGCGUGGUCAAAAGUCCGACCCAUGGUAUGCCACCUGCAGCCCUUUUAUUCCGGCGUCACGGGAGUGGAAAUGAGGCUGCGAAACCUCGAGACCACCGACCCAAAGCUCUCAGAGAUGGUAGGAAAGGGCAGCCUGUUUGUCUUUGGUGAGGAUGAUGGCCUUUCGAUGAUGCUACAGCGCAUGGGUGACAAGAGUGUCCGUCUUUACACAUUCAUGUCCAAGCCGGAGAGCUAUGCUAAAGACAAAGGCUUGGACCCCGAAGACCCCAACCACAUACGCGCCGUUCUUCUUCAAGAAUACCGCCAUUGGGCUCCGGAGCUUAAGAGGUUCAUCGACCUUUGCGGAAACGACAUUGACCUGCGAGUACUCCAUAUGCUCCCAGUGGGCAUACGGUGGCCGCAUCGUCCCGGCUUUACUUUGAUCGGAGAUGCGGCGCAUCUCAUGACUGUCUUCGCUGGAGAAGGCGUGAACAUGGCUAUGCUCGAUGCUAUGGAGCUGGGCAAGUCCAUUGUCAAGCAUCCCGACGACCUGGCCAAGGCUGUAGAGGAACAUAAGGAGAAGAUAUUUCCACGAGCCAGGGAGAUGCAGCAACUGACGUGGGAUUUUAAGCUGGACUGGUUUGGACCUGGGGCUUUAGCCAAAUUCAAGAGAUGGAUGGAGAGUUGGACCCAGGAAGAGAACAGCUGA